UCUCCUCUGCCAUUUGUGAGACAGACAAAAUCGGCACUCUUAACUUUUGGAGAAGGUCUUAUUUUUGCCUUUUUUUUUUAAAUUCUUGUUUUGUUUAUCGCUUAGAAGUUGUGACGCCAGCCAUUAGUGCAGUGAAACCCACUAACCCUUCUUUUCUUUUUCAUACCCCUGGAUCUUUUUCUUCCUCUGUUUGGAUCCUAAACUUUCUCAGUCUGGUACUUUCUUGAUUCAGAGAGCUCUCCUUCCCCUCUCUCUCCUCCUGGUCUCCCAUCCCUUGUAGUGGUUUCUUUUUUUCUGUCCUUUUCUCUGGCUAUGCACCAUGUUGUCCUCCCCUACUGUGAUCCUUCAGCCCUACGGACUCCCUGUUUACCCCCAGACAGCCUCCUGCUACCCCAGCAUUGUACAGGGUGCUGCCGCCCAAGAGGCGGGGCCAGGCAAUGGUGACCCUUCACUUCCUCAGGUCUAUGCCCCACCCCCUUCAUAUCCUCCACCUGGACAAGCCCCACCCACACCUGCUGCCCGGCUGCCACCCCUCGAUUUCACAACUGCUCAUCCAAACUCUGAAUACGCAGAUCAUCAUCAAUUAAGAGUCUAUCAGGGCUCUCAACACGACGGGACAGAGUCUAUACCUGCCAAUAACACGAAUGUAUUUUGGGCCAUUACUAAUUGCUCAUCAGAGAGCGCCAGAUAUUGGGACUAUGAGACGCCGCCGUGGAGGGAGGGGUCAAGGGGGGGAAUCAGACGGGAUGACCCCUCCCCCCUCAACUAUGUUUCCCAGGAUGAUUCAUUGGCUCCUGUGACAUCUGACCCACAGUCUCUUACUGUGGCAUCUGGAAGUGGAACAGGAAGUGGAAGUGAGGAGGAAGGAGCUGGGAAGGCCCAACCAAAAAGGCUCCAUGUUUCCAAUAUCCCUUUUAGGUUUCGAGACCCAGACCUGAGGCAGAUGUUUGGGCAAUUUGGCAAGAUUCUAGAUGUGGAGAUCAUCUUUAAUGAGAGAGGGUCAAAGGGUUUUGGAUUUGUGACAUUCGAGAGUGCAGUGGAAGCAGAUAGAGCGAGAGAGAAGCUCAACGGAACAAUCGUCGAGGGAAGGAAGAUUGAGGUGAACAACGCCACAGCGAGGGUGGUAACAAAAAAGCCCCAGACGCCAUUAGUGAACGCUGCUGGGUGGAAAAUCAAUCAAGUAAUGGGGGCCAUGUACGCCCCUGAACUUUACACAGUCGCCAGCUUCCCUUAUCCUGUUCCCACAACGACUUUAGCCUACAGAGGCUCUGGCCUCCGUGGACGUGGUAGGGCAGUCUACAAUACAAUCCGCUCAGCUGCAGCCGCUGCCACACCAGCUGCAGUACCAGCCUAUCCAGGAGUGGUGUAUCAAGACGGACUGUAUGGUGCUGAGGUCUAUGGAGGAUAUCCAGCUACAUAUCGAGUGGCCCAGUCGGCCUCAGCAGCUGCAACAGCCACAUACAGUGAUGGAUAUGGAAGAGUCUAUGCCACAACAACAGACCCCUACCAUCACUCAGUAGGACCCACCACCACUUAUGGAGUUGGAACAAUGGCAAGUUUGUACCGUGGAGGCUAUAACCGCUUUACUCCGUACUGAACGAAAACAACAUUUUGACUCACUUCUGCUUAUGCUGGCUGGGAAAUGAGACUGUCACUUCCUUUGUUAACCUCUGUCUUAUGAGGAACCGCUUGACCUUCAGAUUGUAAAUACUGCCUAUAUUUAUUGAGGGAAAAAAGGUGAAUAUUGCCUGAAAAUAUAACUAUUUAUAUUUAAGGACUUUUAUUUAAUUCCUAAUUUAAGAAAUGUCCUACCCAAAAAGAAAAGAACUUUCAUAUUCUGCACAGUGUCUAGCUUAUUAGGGUGGUGUUGUUAUCUACAGUACAUAUACUGAUACUAUCAUAAUAGUGCCAUGAUAUGGAAGUCAUAAUGUGCUUAUAGAGCCUCACAGGUAGAUGACAGGCCUCACAAAGUGGCCCAACACUGUCAUUUUAUUACAACCUCUGGAUCUGUUGCAUUGCUGAAUGCUGAUUAUAUACAAUAGACAAAGUCUAAUACCUCUAGUGGAACUUUCCCCAGAGAGAAAUACAAAACUCUGUCUAGUAUGUAUAGGACUGUGUGUGUGUUUGGUGGAGUGUCUUUGGAGUGUUCGAGUGUGUGUCAUUUUUCUGCUGUCACAAGCAUUACUGUGAGAUACAGCAAUGGCACUGGGGUGGGUGAUAUUUUUCUCACAAUGUAAUCUACCUCUGAGCUAAACAUCUCUUUAUUCUAAACUAAAACAAACAUUUCAUUUGUUUUCAAAAAUCUAUCUAUCUAUCUAUCUAUCUAUCUAUUUUUUACAAAAAAUCUGAGGUGCUUUCCUCUCUGAAAUUCUCCUGUCAUUUCCUGCUAUGUCAUGCUGUUCAGCUGUAUCUUGUCCAUUCACCUUCGUUUCUUUUUUUUGGUUCAAAUGCUGGUUCAAAUGCUGUUUUUGCUUCAGCAAUAUAACUUUUGUAUUCUUAUUCUGUCUUUAUUCUUUUCUUUUACUACUUUCAACUUCUUUUUUCAUACUUACUUUAACCUGUUGUGUGCUUUACUUCCCUUUACUCUGCUUUUAACGUUCCUCUUUCUUUAAGGCUAAGUACAUUAAUGUCAUGUCUUAUUUUGAAGACUAUUUAGAUGUUUUCUCUCUCUAGGGAACUGUUCUGUGCCUUUCUUUCUUUCUUUCUCUCUUCCACUACUAAAUGUUAGUGCCUCUAGAAUUUCCUUUACGCUCUGAUAGUCAUUUCUGCCCCACCCCACGCAAGCCACGCUAUCUGAUUUAUUCUUGUUUCCUUUUGUCUGUUUUUCUAUCUCUAUUUCAUUCCUUCUCUGGACUGAUUUCGUUGUUGUGCAAAUGCUUUCACUCAUGCAUAUUUCUGUGAACUAUCUUUUAAUCUGAAUUUGUAACUCUUCUUUUACUUUGACUCUUUCGCUAUGCCUAUAAGGCUAAUUAAUUAUUAAUUCUCAUAGCUGAUUUCCUACUAAUUUUGCCCUUUGGCCUUCUUUCUUUUCACCUCUCUUUUCUUCUUUUUCCUUACACUUUCUUUCUGUCCUGUGUUCUUUCUUUACUUCUGCAUUUAACAUGUCUGUCAUGCUUUAGAUUUCAUUGCAUUUCUCUUAGUGUUUUUUGUAGAGUUUAUUUUUUUUUAGUUUAGUUUCCUUCUCCUUUGUUCUCUCUUUCUUCUAGACAGCUUGAUUAUUCUUUUAUCUCACAUCCAUUAUAGGACCCUAUGUUGUCAUUGCUGUAUCCUUUUUUUCCAGCUCACUAAAGUGUAAGCUACUCUGUGGCUGAAUUGUACAUUAAAAGAGUUUACUGAUGUUUAAAA